AUGGACAUCAGUUCAUUGCUUUCCCCGGAUUCGAAUCCGAAGCCUGGGAACUCGACGCCCGUGCCCGAUCCUACGUCGAACAACGCACCGACCCCGACUGCAGGACCAUCCCCCCACAAGGCAGUUCAGCGGGCGCGUUCAGGUGCUGGUCGCAGAAACAGAACAUCAUCGCCUCUUACGCAGCAAGUCUACGCUCCUACGGGUCAGCCUGAAUCCUCGCCCCCCGUUACUAGCCCCUCCGCUGGUCCCAAUGUAAGCGCCACCAGGAAUGGAACAUCCCCUGUGACCGACCGGCCGCCAUCGAGACAGCCCUCCACGGGAAUGGAUACAUUGGCAGACUUGGCCUCAAUGCAGCAUCAUCAACCACCACCCCAGCAGCAGCAACAACAACAACAACAACAACAGCAGCAGCAGCAGCAUGGGCAGCAUCCUCAACGUACGGCGCGCCAGAACGCUCCUAACAUAAUGAGGAACGCCGAGUUCCACCAAAGCCAGCUGUCGCCAUCCACCAUCCACCCUCACGUGAACCAAAUCAACCACAACACCCCGACUCCCCGCACAUCGUUUGACUUGGCCAUGGCGGAAGGUCCACGGGAAUCCGCGCAGAGGAACUACGUCCAAACAUCGCUGGACCCCGAGGCACAGCUGUUGGCGACCGAGCUGUUCAAUAAAAUCCAAGAGAAUCCCCACACCUACGAGGCGCAUGUCCAAUUUAUCGGGUUGCUGCAUGCGGGCUUUGUGAACCACGUCUAUCCACCGAAUAACCCUGAUAUUCACGGUGACCCCCGUCGGUAUGAUCUGCUCAAAGAUUUGAGAACCGCGCGCGAGGAGAUGGACAAGCUUUUUGCCAUGGGAGAGGACCUUUGGGCUGAGUGGAUUCAAGAUGAGAGCAUGCUUGCGCAUACGGUGAUGGAACGUACCUCUGUAAUGGAGCUGUGCCAGCGAUCAGUCGAGGAAGAAUUCGGCUGCACUAAGCUCUGGCACAUCUAUGGCGAAUGGGUGCUCUAUCUGUACAACGCGACAGCUGGCGAACAUGGAGCUGGCCAAUGGACUGAAGAAGACCGGAUGAUUGGACGCGAAGUGUUCACUUGGCAGACGGUCCUGGACGUGUGGCAGCGAGCAGCGGAAGCGACGCAGUGGCGUAUCAACAACAGCCACCUCGUUUGGGAUCGAUUCCUGGAGCUCUUGACUCAAGACCUAACCCGAAGCCCGUCUCAAGAAAAGAUCAACCACCUCCGUGGCCUGUAUGAGGUGCGGCUACAGACUCCCCAUGCUACUUGGGACCAGACGUUCCAAAAAUUCUCAGGGUUUGUCUCCACUUACUUUGAAUCCAACUACGAGGAUACCAUGUCAGAGACGGUAGCCCAGGCGUCGGCUGCAAAGAACUUCUACGCCGCGCGAGAAGAGUUCGAGCACCGACUGAGCAAGGCUCAGGACUCUGGUGACAAGUCUGCUGAGUGGAACUUGUACAGGGAGUACAUUGACUGGGAACUCAGUCGUAACCGCCGGCGACGGGAAUUUCAUUUCGAGCUCGUUAAUGCCGUUUACCAACGCGCUGUGCUGCGCUUCCCUACGGACGUCUCUUUGUGGGAGGACUAUGUCAUGUUCCUUAUCGGCGAAUCUAUCCAUGGUCAUGCUUCUACGACAACAAUUGCAACUCUCGAUCGUGCAACUCGCCACUGCCCUUGGUCUGGUAACCUCUGGUCCCAGUACCUGCUGAGUUCUGAGCGAGAAGGCCAGUCUUUCUCCAAGAUCUCUGGUAUCAAGCACAGAGCUACUAGUACUGGCCUGCUGGAUGCUGGAGGCAUGGAAGAGGUGCUGAAAGUCCACAUAACCUGGUGCAGCUAUCUCCGUCGACGUGCCUUCCUUUCUGACGCAACCGACGAGGACUUGGAUGUUGCAGAGGUUGGCAUUCGGUCGGCAAUUGAGAGCGUGCAAGAGUUGGGCGAGAAAAAGUAUGGUCGGUCAUACCAGGGAGAUCCUCAUUUCCGCCUGGAGCGUAUCUACAUCCGCUACCUGAGUGAAAGUGGCAGUUGGGAUAGUGCACGGGAGACUUUCAAGGGCCUCGUUCCUCGUCGUGGUGAUAGCUACGAGUUCUGGCUCACCUACUACAACUGGGAACUUGUUUGCUGGAGCAAGUUCGUGCAGGGUGAGGCCACCGUCGACGCCGCCCGGCGCACUCCCAAUCCCAGCUUUGCAACGGCUGUCCUCAAACAGGGCAUCAAACGGCAAGACCUUGACUGGCCCGAGAAGCUCGUGCAGACCUAUAUCGCUCACUGUGAGGAUUAUGAGGAUGCGGAUGAAUUGCAGCUUGCCGUGAUCGAGAGCCGUAAAGCCAUGCGAGCUGUUACAGCUCGGAGAGAGCGCGAGGCGCGCGAAGCUGCGGCCGCACAACAGCAGCAACAGGAGCAGCAGCAACAGCAGUGGGAAGCCGCUGCCGAAGCAGCUUCUACCUCGGAGAAGCGAAAGCGCGAAGACGAAAAAGAUGCGAAUGGUCAACCCAUUAGCAAAAAAGUGCGUGCUGAAGAGGUGGCCCUAGAACAAGGAGCUGCCGAGACCCAACCUCCCGCCCGCGACCGCGAACAUGCAACUGUCGUGGUCAAGAACCUGCCUCGCGAGACCACCGAGCAUAGUGUCCGGCAGUUCUUCCGCCACAUCGGUACGAUUAACGGUGUCAAGUUGAUUCCUGGGCAGGAUGGAAACUCUGAAGUUGCAAUCAUUGAGUUCGAGACCAAGGAUGAAGCCCUGGCAGCCCUGACCCGUGAUCAGAAGGUCUUCAACGAGAACACCAUUGAAGUGACGCUGGAGACCGAGUCCACCCUGUGGGUCACGAAUUUCCCUCCGACCGCAGACGAGGAGUACAUUCGCAAUCUUCUCACCAAGUAUGGCCACAUUGUUGAUAUUCGCUUCCCUUCGCUCAAGUUCCAAACCAGCCGUCGGUUCUGCUACGUGCAGUUUGCUACUGCUACUGCAGCACACCAAGCCACGGAGCUGAAUGGAACCGAGGUAGAGAAAGGCUACAAGCUCAUUGUGAAGAUUUCCGACCCCUCUCAGAAGGAGAAGCGUAGCGGAGCAAUGCAGGAAGGUCGUGAGGUUUUCUGCAAAAGCUUUGACUGGAAGCUCAAGGAGAGCGAUGCCCGAGAUGCAUUCUCCAAGUUCGGCACAAUCGAAAACCUUCACCUCCCACUCAACGCUGACGGCUCCCAUCGAGGGUACUUUUUUGUGGCUUAUUCUUCCAAGGAAGAAGCAGAGGCCGCCCUCGCUAUGGACAAGCAAACCCUCGGAAGACGUCAAUUAGCCGUGAGCUUGAGCGGGAAUUCCGGCGCCAAACGUAUGACCAGUACCAUCAUCUCGCAGGUUGCCUCGUCGGCAUCACCGCCUGCCGAGGCCAAUGGUAACCACCUCAGUGUGGUCGAAACCAUCGGUGGCCGGUCUGAACGCACCCUUGCCCUGAUGAACGUGCCCGAUACCGUCAACGAUGCUCGUGUCCGCGCCCUGGUCGAACCGUUUGGGCGACUGGUCAAGAUUGUCCUGCGACCGGACCACCAGGGUGCCAUUGUUGAGUACGUUGACGUUCAUGAUGCUGGCAAGGCUUCCUUGGCACUCGAGGGCAAGGAGAUUGUCCCCGGACGCCCACUCCACAUCGGGAGCGUGGAUGAGAUGAAGAAGCUGCAGGCGGAGAAGAAGACGGAUCGCAUCACCUCGGUCAAGCAGGAGAAGCCGAAAUCCUCGCUCCAACCUGUGGGUCCCAUCAAACGCCCUCAGCAGCCUGGUGGCCGAGGUGGCCGCCGAGGAGGCCUUGGUUUGAAGCGAGCCCCUGCCGCAUCUCAAAACUCCACUGCCUCUUCCGGUGCGGCUUCUGAAAAGGACAAGAUGGACACCACUGCUGACGGCAAGGCCGGUGAGAGUGCCCUGUCCAAAAAGAGCAAUGAUGAUUUCCGUGCGAUGCUGGGACAGAAGCGCACGGAGUAA